AUGUCACCAGCGCAACAAGAAGAGACAGCUCCAGCCGCAAAAUCAGACUCCUCUCAAUGCGCCGCCGCCGUUAAUCAUGCCACCGCGAGUGCGACGACACCAACAACCAAGCGGGCUUCGGCCCAGGCCAAACCCAGGCCGAAGAGCGCACCGGCUGCCCCGAACCGAGCAUCAACUCAUAAGAGGAAGCAGCCUGAACCUAGCUUGCUGGUCGACUUCUUUCUUGGUCGCCCAUCGCCAGCGCGCGUCGCAGCGCAGCGUGAAGCAUGGAAGCAACGGCGGAAAUCAAUAUCUGCAGAUGCCGCGCAUGUGCGAGAGGAGUUGCGGCAAGAGAUGCGUGCUGCGGCAAUGCGAAGACUUCAGCAGCCUGGGCGAGUCGCCGAUAAGGUAUUGGCGUGGCAGAAGAAGAACGCGGAAGCAAUGAAGGCUUAUGGCGGUGGGGUUCCUCGGGCAGAGGAUGCUGCAACAGAGCCAACGGAAGUCGCCGUUAAUCUUUCGCCUGCCAGUGUCACCGAAGAAGACCGCAUGCGCAUUGGAGGGCGAGAUAAGGUAAAGAAAAAGAAGCCGAUGACAGGGGCUGCUGGGGAAAAGGAUAAGGAAAACCAGAGCGCGGGGGAGAAGACCGAGGGCAAUGGACAAUCUUCGAAGGCGAGACUCCCGAGUAACCGGUCAUCGCAAUCGUCUAUUCCUCUUGUAGUCAAAACCGCGCCAAAGAAGAGAAUCGUGAGCGAUGAUCACUGGAUGAAACGGGGGCAGUCCAAGACGACACCAUCUGCAAGCAGUCCUGCGAAGCCAAAAGUGCAAGCGAAGCCAGCUCCCAUCCCAAAAGACUUCUUGAAGCGAACCGCUCAGAACCCUUCGGUGCAGAGUAAGAUCAGAGAUUGGGCCCAACGGCUCGAGACAUCGACCACUUCUCCUCCUCCGCCUCGGGUCAGGGAAUGCUGUCGCAAGAAGUCUGCGGAUAAGAUGGCGCUCUCAGAGAAUUCCUCGAGCAGCGCCGUAACAUCUGACACGGAGUCCACCAAAACGCCGGAAGCCAAGGUCGACAAUGGAAAAGUGAAAACUGCAAAGCCAACAACUUCAAAAUCCGAUGUCGAUGACGGUAUCAGGGUCAAACCUUUGAUGGCAUCAAAGUCCAAGCCUGAUAUUAAUGAUAGAAUUCGCGUCACACCAGUCUUCGAGAAGGAACAAAAGGGUAGCAAUCCCAAUCCGCGGCCUAUGCAGAGCACGGCAUCCGAUGAUGGGAUCAGAGUCCGAGCAUUGGACGAUCCCAAAUCAGGUGAUGGCAUUAGAGUUCAGCCGCUUGAUCCCAGUUCCGAGGACGAUAAGUCCGUUGAGAAGUUCAUGGAGAAGGAUAUUGCCGGCAGCAAGGCUAGUAAAAAAGUCCCAACCAAGAAGACGGCCGAUAAGCUCCGUCAGAAAAAGGAGACUGAACAGGGCUUCAAGAAGCCUAGCCAAAGUAUGCCCGGGAGAAAGUCUCCCAUCGAGAAGACUGCAGACGUACCAACAACCAAGGAAAAGCCCGUUGAGGGGAAGACGACGACAACCACUGUCAAGUCAUCCGAAGCGAAGCCCUUCAAAGAAGCAGCGGAGAAACGGCUUGCCAAGCAGAAGUCUGUUGAAAGAAAAGCCCCGUAUUCUUCGUCAAAGACCACUCCCGUUGAGAGGAAUUCGAGUCCCUCUAGGCCGGCGAGCACACCCAAAUCUUCAGGUCAGAACAUCCUGGAGUCAAACGUUGAAGAUGAGACACCUGUCAAGAGAAGGCCUUCUCGGAGGCAUUCGAGACGUCGCCCACGAAGCCCAAGUCCGGCCAGACGAGAAGAGGGUUUGCAUGAAAAGCAGCACCGUGAAUCAUAUUCGGACUUGUCUGGGGAUGAGUCGGAUAGAGUACCGCCAACUAUCUUAGGAAACAAGUCAUUGCCAGAAAUACCGUUCGGUUCCUCUGCAUUUAGUGUACUUGACUUGUCCUUGGGCACCGAUCCCCAGCAGACCAAAAAACCGAAACCUCAGCGAACCCCGAGUCUCAAGGCAGUGCCUAAGGUGAUCAAGAAGGUGGUGGCGGGUGCAAAAGAGAUACUUCAAGAGAGUCUCGAACCCCCUCGACCACCCCCGACCGCCAACAAGCCUCAGACCAUAGAAUCAUGGCUUAACUCAACUGUUGACCCCUUUGUGGAUGCCGCGUCACCGCCAACAGUCGAGCCAAUUGAGAGGGAAGCGAAGGCAGAACCCACGAAGCCAACCCCAGAAGCUGUUAAGCCGCCUAUUGGACUUGAGAAGAGACCACCAUCACGGGCACAGCAAGAUAGCCGGCAGCAUGAAGCAGCGCUCUCCACGACUCCAAAACCAGGACAGAGCCGCGAAAAGGUAUCUGUGCAGUCAGAGGACCAUGAAGCAACCACCAGUACGACGAAGACGACUCAAACUCCUCAAUCGGUGGGCCUGAGAAGAAGCAAAGCCACAAGAAAGCCUACUAUUCCGACAAAGCCAGCUACCAAGAACCCUCUCCGCGACUUUCUGAAAGAGGCCUUCUCGGGAGAGUCCGGAAAACAUAAGUUUUCUCCCACAGAAUACCACAGCUGUGAGGCCGACAAGCAGUCCGCAUACCUAGAAAGUGAUUGGGAUUCGACAGAAGAGCCCCAACGACGUCCCGGUCCGGCUCAAAGCGAUUACUCUUCCGCUUAUGGAUCAACCCUGUCCUCCGAGACCUCCAGUCAUCCUCCUCCAAGGCGGCGGCCGCCAACCAACGGGAUUCAUGAGCUCUCCACGAUCGCGUCUGAAGAGCCCAGAAGCGUAGCAACGUUUGAAACAGCUUCCGAUGUCUCCCAAUCUACCAUAACUCGAACGACUGCCGUUGCCAAGCCAACCGAGGUGUCAAGGCAAAGGAGCCAAAAGUGCGGGCUCAAACGCCGCCUUACCAAGCACUCAGACCUUGUGUCUGUACUCUCACAUCUUGACGACGGCCAUCCCCCAGCUCGCUCCAGGAGCGCCAGGUCAUCCAGAAGCAUCCGUCGCAAGCCAAGCAAAGCCAGCAGGCAAAAGGCGGACGAUCUUUUGGAGGACUUUGCUGAUGAUGAGUACUACUACGGCAAAGAGCUCAAGACACUCGUCGAUGGUGUCAUCCCAGUGCUGCUGAGAGAUAUUAUGAAUGGUGAUUUUGGAGGUACCAAGGCGGAUGUUACUGCAAAGUCGGUCGUCAAUAUGGGUAUGACACUGGAAAAGCUCAAGAACUCUCACAAGCAGGUACCACUGGCUGAUUUGGAUGAACUUUUUGUCUGGCUGGACAAUAUAUCUUCGAUAUAUGAUCACUACUUUGAUGUUUGGCGACUCGGUUUCCACGGCAUUAUUAUCAACCUGGCACCCAGGCUCAAGAAUCCAAAGGACAAUGACUCGCUUUUGGAGGCCGUCAGCUGGAAUGAAGAUGGCGAUGUUAUCAUGGAGACUGGCGAACGGGUGGACGUUGCGUUCCUGCUCAAACGUCCCUUGGUCAGGGUCAAGUGGAUAGUCAAGUUCCUCAAGGCCGCGGUUGAGGUCACCGGGUCAUCGGAAGCCCGUCGACUAGUCGGUGUCUACGAAGAUCUCCAACAGAAGGCUCGGAAACGGUACCGGGAAGAGACUGCUCGUAUGAUGGACGAAGACGCCAACAAUACUGACACUACUCGUUGCCGAGAUCUCCGUACACUCUUCCCACUCGAGGGCGUCGUGGUAAACAAGUUGCGGCAGGUUGUUGCGCUCGAUGUCUUCGAACUGGACUUGCGCCACUCUAGCGGCCAAAGGUUGGAAUGCCGAGUUGAGUUGAUUUUUAGGGACAAUCCGGCGCUCCCUAGCGACAAGGGCGACAUCUUGAUUCGAGAAAUCGGAAAUGGCACUCGUUCAUGGCUGCUUUUUCCCCCGGUGCCCAGACAAUAUAUCUCGGCACGAAGGGAUGAUGAUGGUCGAUCCCUCACAGCUAUGAUCCGCGGCACACACAAUGGCAUUGAGUGGUAUGAGUUGCUCAAGUUCUCUUCAACGAGCGAGGAGCAGAUCGAUUAUUGGUUGAAUGUGUUGGGAACUCAUCCUCUUCCACCUACAACUCGAAGCAGGCCGGUAAGCAUGGUGGUGGAACCAAGUCCAUCCAAGCCAGAUGGACUGCCAGUAGACAUCCCGGUGGGAGAGCGCAGACUUCACCAGAGCAGGACAGAGACACGUGAAGACCCUCAGACUCACCCACAACAUGACUCUCAGCCCGCCAAAGGGUCUUCAACUUCGCCCCUGAAGACCGUUCCCAGCCAGCAUCCUCCUCAAGCUCCUCGUCCUGGCAGCACACCAAUUCAAUCGUUGGAGAGCUCCCCCAUUGACAUUGAUACACCGCGACUUGCGAGACCUACCCCGAAUUCGACACCAUAUCGUGCAGAUGGUGCUCCUCCUCCACCAAUUCAUCGGACCCUUGGUCCCUUAAACUCGGGCUUGCUUGUACCACCGGUUGACUUUGCUUUCCGCACCCGACUGAGGAGGAAAACAUCCUCUCCACUCAAGCAUGAGUACCAUCCAUCAGAUGUCUCGUCCGAAAGUUCAAGUUCCCUCAGCAGUGAUGAGGAUGAUGUACGCCCUGAUGACGACGACGAUAGCGACGAAGUUUCUUCUGAAACUUCGGAAAGCUCCUCCAGUGAGGAUGAACUUGAGGAUGAUGAGAUCCCCGACACGAUUCCGGGGUACAGCAUCAAGGAAGACUCCAACCCGGCUGCAACUGUUUUCUCUGAGAACACUAUUCUGCCGGAGCACUCUGCUUCUCAAGUAGCAGGUGCGGCCGACCGGGACCAAGCUCAAACAGAGCCGGAUAUCCAGCGAUUUGUGGCAUCCGUUUCAUACUGGUCAAGCCGGAAGGGUGUGUGGAAAGAUAUCAACGAUGGCCAACCGGCAUCAAUUUUGGUCCACCCUGGCUGUAUGGAAGUGCACGUGUUUGACGAGCAACAUGCCAUUCGUCAGGCAUACCAGUUGCAGACAUCGUCCCUUUCCCGAACUGCCAAUACGGACAAGGAGGCACCCCUCAUUCUAUUGGUGUUGACUCCGGUGGUUAUGAUCCGCCGCAGCACAGCAGUUGACCUCGAGGUCCGUAGCCCGGCGUCUCCCGAAUCGCGGCUGAAGAUUGAUGCGACGAUGUUCCGAUUCCGAGCUGCCAACUUGGUGGAGGCUAAGGAUCUUUAUGACGCAGUCCACUUUAGCAGAUUGAAUAAUUCACGGUAUAUUCAACUGAGUGAGGAAGCUCGUGUGCGUGCAUUUGGUCAGAUGCAUGCGCAAGGCGAAGAGGACAGCAUGGAUGGUGAUAAUUCAAGCCACCGGCGGAGUUGGUUCGGGCGCAAAAACAGCUACCGUGCAUCUGCACGUGCGCCCAGUGUUUCUCAGGGGAGCCUGUCUACAACGAUAUCUGCAGGUAGCUUCCUGCGACGACUGCUCGGCGGGGGCAAUAACUCUUUCAAUAUUGACGAGUCAUCCAUCGACAGACAAAGCCAUCCCGCAUCGCAUGGAGGGCCGGGCCUCUGCACCCCCAGCGGUUACUCUCUCUCAGGAACUAAUAUCUCUCCUCCCCGAUCUGUUUCACUCUCCGGAUCCGGCAAGAGUCUCAGUCAAAGCAUUCAAAGCAGGCUCAGCAACGGUUUUGGCAGAUCACCUGAUAAUCCCUUUCUCAUUCGCUGCCAUCUGAAUGUCGCCAACAACCGCUGGCUUGAUAAAGGCGACUGCAUUCUUCACAUCAGCCGACCGCCGCCGGGCGUCCGCCAAGAGCUGUCGCUGUAUAAUGGGCUUGAGAAGCGCAUCGUCGUGACUCACGCAACUAAGAAGCAAAAGAAGGGCGUCAUUGGAGGGAACGAUGAAGGCACUCCACUGAUCCUGCUUGACGCUGUGCUCGGCAGCAAAUGCUUCAGCAUGCUGGGUAGCAAGGGUAUUAUGUGCAGCGUGUGGGAGAAUCUGAGAGAUGAAGAAGGAAACAUUGGUGUUGCGCCACGCAACGGGGCCAUUGCCGGCCGUGUAACGAAGUGGUGUUUCCAGUGCAAGAGCGGGCAGCAGGCCCAGUGGAUUAUGGGCCUGUUGACGGCAGAGGUGCCAGGGUUGAUUUAA